AUGCUCUCCUCCACUGGGCUCGCGGCUGCCCGCCGGGUCCGCGUCAUCGGCAUGCGCUCAGUUUUCUCGAGCAUUGCCCGUAUCUCGACCCGCAGCGCAGCCUGCCCCAAGGUCCCCGCGAGCGUUCGCAUUGCCGCCGUUUUCAAUCGAGGAUUUGCCGCCGCUGCCUCCCGCUCAGCUACCAAGACAGCCACAGCCACAGCCACCAGGAAGACUACUACUACCAAGAAGCCGGCCGCUAAGAAGACCACUGCUGCGAGGCAGAAGAAGAAGGCUGCAUCGACGAAGAAACCCACAGCCAAGAAGGCUGCCCCCAAGAAGAAGGCUGUCCCCAAGAAGACAGGGCGCCCUAAGAAGACUGUCAAGGAAGUCCCAGAAAAUGUGAAGCUUUUCCGGAAGGUCAAGGAGCUGAAAGCCAAGGCUCUUCUCAACGAGCAGCCACGCGGACUCCCAGCAAGGUCGUGGUUGGUUUUCGUGCAGAAAAACGGUGGUGUACCAAAAGGUCAGACCGCUACGGAGUUCAUGUCGGCUAUGAAGAAGCAGUUUGCGGCUCUCUCGUCUGUGGAGAAGCAGGCUCUUCAGGACGAAGCUCGUGCGAACAAGGUGAGGAACGAUGCGGCCCUGAUCAACUGGAUCACGACGUAUCCAGUUGAGACCAUCGAGGCUGCAAACUUGGCUCGGAGCCAUCUCAAGAGGCUCGGCAAAACAGCUAAGCUCUCCCUUCCUGACCCCCGCAGACCCAAGGGUCUUCUAAGUCCCUACAUCAUUUUCACGACUCAGCGAAUGAAGUCUGGGGACCUUGACAACAUUCCCCCCACGGCUAGAGUGGCUGCCAUUGGCAGUGAGUGGAGGGCGUUGAGUGAGACUGAACGCCAGCCUUUCUACGAAGCCGCUGAGAAGGACAAGGAGCGUUACAAGGUUGAGAGGGCGUCUCUUUCUCCUUCCCCUUAA